UGUAAUUUCGUGAUAUUUUCCGACCAUAAGCGAAACGUGAAACUAGUGUAGAAGUUGGUGAUAGCAGUACUCGCCAUGAGCAUCAAGAGCCCGGCCCUGCAGUUGGCCGAGCCACAGCUGGCCAAGCUAACGAGUGAGUCGGAGGAGAUCAGGAUGCGCGCCCUCGACCAGGUAGAGACGCGCUUCAUCCGCUGCUUGCAGCUGGGCGAGACCAUUGACUUCAAGCCGCUUCUGUUGAUGAAGCAACUCAUCCGCUGGUUCGGACACAAACCACAUCUCGCCGCGGACCGUGUCCUGGCCAUUAUGUUGGAGCUGUUGCGCUCCGAGUAUGGCAGCGUGGUGGUGCGCAAGAUUACCUACGAGCGACUCUCGACGGAGCUGGGUAAGGUGCGGCGCAUCCUGCGUCCGCUGGAGUCCAAGCGAGUCACCGAUCUGCUGGACGACCUGCAGUAUUUGCUACUCCAGAAGUACAACAUACGCUUGGAGACGCCGUCCGGGUCUUCGGUUAGUUCUGUUAAUGUAACCACCGAGGGAACAGAGUCGGUGACCAGCAGCAUCAGCAUUCUAAAGGCCACCCUCAAGCCGGAUGAUUACGAGCCCGCUUGGACGCAGCCCUGUCCGGAGGAUUUGGCUGGCUUGCAGGGCAUGUUGGAUAUGCCGCGAAACGGGGCGACUGACGUCAUUGAGGUGCAGGUGCUCCUUACCAAUUUGAUAAUAAGGAUGGGCGACUACCCGGCGGAGUACCUUCUCCAGCCGCCGUACACUUUCCUGAUCUUAGUUCAGCUUCAGCAGAGACGCGACGGUUGUCUGCUGCAUGUGAACCGGGCAAUCAUAGCGUACCUGAAACAACUCCAACGCCGUAUCGAGGAUCGCAACACUACCAUGUGUUACGCGACUAGCCUGGAUGCUCCUGACUCACAGACUAGGCAGGUGAAAGUGGAAAGCGCCCUAGCGUUGGUGAUGACCAACUGCCUCGACCUAGUUAUGAAGUGCUCCACAAACGACAAAUGGCAUCUCCUUGAGCUUGUCAAGGAGUCCGUCAAGACAUAUGAAAUACUCAAGGUCGGUGUAGCGCCCUGUGUGACCACUCAGCUCGGGGGCCUUGUCAAGAAGAUGUACAACUUUUGCAGCAGCCAGACGGGCACUAACUUAAACGAACUGGUCAUCUCUCUGAUGAUUCCCCGGCUGCAGUCGCUGAUUUUCAAUGAACAACUGAUGGAGGUAAUGCUCGUGAAUAUCAACUAUGAAAAGAACUUGAAUCGCGAUGAUGCAAACGCACUCAUACAGCAAAUUCUCAUGGACAGCUGCUUCGUAAAUUUACCCGGUCGCAUGUGCUCGCUAGGCGACCUGAGGGGCCUUGUCCUUGAGAGUUCGAAGGAUGAUGAUAACUUGAUCCAGCUAAAGAUUGCCUAUAUGAAAGCGCUGGAUCAACUCCAGCCGAAGACCAAGGCAAAGGCACAGUUGCUGAUGGAAUCGAAGGAGGUGUGCAUGGUGGUCAACCAGCUAGGCAGUAAGAAACUGCUGAGGCAGCUUUUUGACGCAGUCGUGGCGUGCACGUCGCUAUAUCGUGAGAAUCCUAAGUUAAGGACACAGGCGAACGAGCUGCUUUGCAACUUGGUGGACUUGCCCGACAAGGAGCUGCGUUGGUUUGCAUACAGCCUGAUGCGCAAGCCCGUAAUGAAUCACUUUCAUGCGUUUAUGAACAAGACCGUCUACAUGACGGGCUGCAAUAAUCAAGAGCUAGUGCGCCAGAACAUCCUCGGAUUGCCGUUGACCACCGAGUUUCUUCGGAAGGUGAUACUCCAGAGUUGGGACACGACAGCGCCGGAUAAUGUCAGGCAGUGGUGCCUCGAUUACUUCAUACUGCUUUUCAAGCUGAACUCCUUCCUGGCAAAUAAGGACCUCAAGAAUGUUUUGACCAUGCUUAUUCCCCUUCUGCCGCUGCUGAUUUGCCGAUCCAUCUCCGACACUCAACUGGACAACGUCAUCUGGUCGCUGUGGAAGCCGAACGCUUGCAUAAUAGAUCCGCCUUUGAUGAUGCGGGUCUAUGUCUGUUACCUCUUUCAUCCGAACUCUGACAUUAGGCAGAUUGGUGCCAUGCCGAUUAACUGCAUCUUGCAGUCCAUGGAUAAAGUGUCAAAGUCCCGGGACAUCAGCGAUGAGUUGAUAUCCAAGUGGGAGGACCCUGACAUUUGCAUUAUAGAGCCGGCGGUGAAUUACAAAGACAUCUUCGCGGAGCCCACUAACGAAGCCUUUCAGGGACAGCGCAGCCUGGAUGCACUGAUCCGGUUGCUAGAGACAAGAGAUCUGCGGCCCUCCAUCAGAAAGUCCUCAAUGACUCAGCUAAAUGUGCUGCUCCGAAAUUGGAAGGCCUGCGAGUGCUUUAACUCGGCUGAAGGCCUCAGCAUGAUUGUUUAUUCCCUACCAAAUGGUUUGGAGUUUUAUUCCGGUGAUCCCGCUGAUAUCCUUGUGCCAGCCGUGAGUAUUCUAAUGAAGUUAAUGCUACAAAAUCCGGACUAUCGGGUAAAGGUCGCCCACACGCCUGACGUGUACAUAAACCUGCUCCGCACUAUUCUGCUGCUACCCCACGAGCGGGAGUUGCGUCAAAAUGCCAGCAUAUGCCUCUUCCUGAUGCUCUUCCAUGACUCCAUCGUCGCCACCGAGGACAAGCUGGUGAUAAACAUACCGCUAGGUGGCCUAAUUCUGCCAGUCACUUAUGAGGUUCACAUACCAGAGCCAGCCAGCGCAGUUAUCGACGGAGUCAAACUUCAGCAGCACCUGGAUAAGACCUUUUUUGGGACGAAUGAGGCAAGCUCUGCCCAGCAUUGGCGCCUGUUUUUGUAUAAGUACAUUUGCAAGGUGAUGAAAUUCGAGUCCAUGCAGGUCGUGGACAUCCGGAACGAGCUCAAGAUAAAUCUGUGUGACAUGGCCCUAAUGCAGGCAUCGGAAGCGGAAAUUCAGCUACGCAGUCAGUUGGUGGCUGCGAGUAACUGCAGCAGCCACGACGCCCUCCAGCAGAAACUCGAUAUCAUUCAGCUGUUCCUCGUCUAUCUGCGCAGCUCUAUUUUCGAAUCGGACGGUAAGAGUCUGUGGAAGGUGAUCCACAAAUACAUUCGCUCGGCACCGGCCAACGAUGCGGAUUGUAGGCUCUACAUGUCACUCCUGGAACUGUGCCUCAGCUGCCUGCGCUUUUCCGUGCCUCAUGUGAUCAAUGGGCUGAGCGAAGCCCUUGAAACGGACCCAAACCACAGCUUCCUUUUGCUACUGCAGGAUAGGACCAUAUCGCUGGACGUCCUGUAUCUAAUAGGUCAGUGUCUGGAGCAACUGCUCGCCGCCGAGGACUGCGAGAUUCAGAUGAAAUGGCAUGGCAAGCUCUUUUUUCAACUGAGUGCGGUGGCCAGGAAGCAUUUCGAGAUCCGGCAGCUUCAGCAUGUGCGCUGUAUACUGGGAAUUCUGCGGCGAUUGAGCGAGCGUGAGCUGAUUCUUACCGGUCUCCAGGUAAUGCACUAUUGCCAGCACUUUAUGCAGCUGUCCAGCGAUCUAAGAACCUCAACGCAUACAGGAGCCCAGUGGCAGCGGGACUGCCUACACAUCAUUUGCGAGCUCCACUUGCGCCAAAGCUCUGGAAAGACGAACCCCAUGUGCGAGGCGGGCGCCACCAACAAGGUGCUACGUUAUCUGCUGGGCCUGUCCGGGCACACCGAUUGCGAGGUGCGAGCCCUUUCCUGGGUCCUGAUGGCCGACUGGAUCAUCUGUUGCGAUGUGAAGAUUGAGAACAUUCUGCCCGGCCUGAACUUUCUGCCUGGCGGACUGCCGGCCUGCUGCCUGACCACGAUGUUGGACGUUCAUGAAGUAAUGCUGGUCAGAGUGCUGGCUGGCAAUGUAUUUAUCCUGCUGAUGCCGCUGGUCGGAGCCGAGGGCUGCGUCGAUCUGCUGCGGAACCACACCUUCCUGAAGGAUGCCUCCAGGGCUCUUAGGACGCUGCAUGUGUCUAACCAUUUGGAAAAACAGUCAGUGGGGGAGCAGCAUUCGUGUGAGAUAAUCAGCUGCUAUGUGUCCAUCUGCGUUACCAUGGUUGGACUCGAUCCGGAGUGGUGCGGCGCCACGCUGUGCCAGCACAGUUUCUUGACUGGCCUCAGUGAUGUGAUAAAGAUGGCGGCGUUAAGACCGUCAUCGACUGCCUUCUUUGAACUGUGUGCCGAACAUAUCUGCGAGCUGUACGCGCUUUGCUAUGAGAAUAACUUUGAGUUUCUCCAGAGGACCAUCUGCCGUGACACCGUUUUCUUGGAGAAUUUCCUUUCACUAAUGACCCAUGUGAUGGAUCUGGAAUUCCACGAGCGCCUGCUGAGUCAGCUAUUUAAGCUGCUCUUGGUGUUCUGCAAGGACUCGAAUGCCUUUUCCUUCCUGUGCGAGGAUCUAAAGGAAAGGCCAUCCUUCUUUAUAGACUUCUUCUUGAUCGGAUUGCAUCAGUCGUCCAAGGGAACCGACCUCAAGCGAUACACGCUCAAGUGUUUGGCACUGAUCUUCAUAAAGAAGCAGAGUGCUCCCUUGGUGCAGCAGUUGGAGCAAUAUGUUGUGCCCCUGUCGCCAAGUUGUGACCCAGCCAAACAUGCUGAGCACUGCACGACAAACUCCAAGGAACCAGCUGAGAUUAAUAUCAAAGCCAUUGCCUUCAUCUACCGCGUCCUGGAGCAACUCUUCAUCCGCUACUAUGGCGCUAGGACUUUCACUUUUCUGCAAGCCCUCGACCCGGACCACGUUCAGGUAUGCGAGACUUUCGGUGUGUUUCUGAAAUACUCAAAUGAGGCUGCUUCUGCAGCCGACGAGGUGCACUUGUUGGAUCGGAUACUUAUCAUCUUGGACACAUUUCUAAAUGACGAAAAAAUAGGCAAUGCCUCUAGCUAUGUAAGGCGUGUGGGCGCUCAUAGAUCCCAGGAAAUCAUUGGAAAUCUGUUGGGGCUCUUUAAGAUGUUGUCGCUAUGGUAUAGCGCUCACCAUUCUGUGAUCAAGGAGCCCACGUCUGCGGGCACAAUGGUUAACAUAUUAGUCCGUCUUUGGCCGUGGCUAUCGCAUUCGGCGGAGCUGAAGCAACUUGUCGUCCAGGUGGUCAUGUUCUUCACCGAGCACUCCUUUGAGAUGUGCAGACAUACUUCUCUGGUCCUGUCUGGGCAAUCACAUUCCCUCCUCCAGUUAAUGUCGCGCGUGGCUGACUUUGAGACCACCAGAAAGGAGCCCAGCGCAGGGACAUUUGGCGAGACAGCAUGCAUAAUCCCAGCCUUGAGGGUCAUGGGCAAUUGCUGCUCCUGCUCCGAAGGCCGUCAGAGCCUAUCUAAGAUGCACGUGCUAGACAUGUUCGAUACGAUCCUGCCCGCUAAUCCGGCAGGCAACAAGGUGCGGCCCCAGGUUGUGCACGCUUGGCUAGCCUUCUGGGAAGUCUACUCCCGCUACGAUGUAGGCGCCAAGGCCUGUCACCUGCGCUCCCUAAUUAGCAUUAUCCGACGUAAGUCGCCACUGGACGAGCACCGGAUUCUGAGUCUUCGUAUACUCCGUAACAUGUGUUUCUUUAACAUCAACCGCACCGUGCUCACAGACAUGACUGAGUUCACAAAUAUGCUGCGCGAUAUUAUCAACCAACUGGUUUUGCAGAAAGAUGCGUCCAAUGGAAAGGGCUUGAUCUCAUUCGAGGAGCACCGCUUGGCGACACUGAUGCUGUACAGGCUCUUCGGCUUCGGGGCUAAGUACAAGGCCAUGCUGCGCGGCACCAAACUAAUGCGAGCGCUGAGCCACCUCAAGGACCAGUUGGCAGGCAUGAAGACUGAGAAUCCUGAUCGAUUCUCAGACAUUCCCCAUGCGCCAGAGCUCUUCGAGUUGCUGACUAAUCUCUUUGAGGCAGUGCAAGCGUAGGCAACAAAGAAAGCCACCAACACAAUCUGAAAGAGUACAAAGAAAAGGAGUAGUUUAUUUAUAAUGAAGUUAUUGUUUUUAUGUUUUUUAAUAUGUACUUCUUGUAAUGGACAUGUUUUUGAAAUAUCUUUAAUACCUUAUUUGAGCGAAAUCUAAAAGAACUAAUUAUGUCAUUGAAAGACGAAUAAAUAAUUUAACAUGAA